AUGGACAUCCUGGACCCGGCCCACGGAUUACCCGCUACGUCCAUUUUCUGGUUGGUCUUUCUGUCAGGAUUGGCCAGGCAGGGAGACGUGGAGGCGGACGUAAAAGCAGAAUCAGAUCAGUGUUGUUCAGUAGCUGCUGGAGUUUCUGACUGUCUGAUAAUCUCCAGCCUCAGUAAUCAGAUCUUUACUGCAUCUUAUGUUUCAGGAGCUUCUGGAGCAAAGUGGAGUAUGAAUUACAUCCAGCAGGAAAUAUGUGCUUUAAACGGAUCUACAGUGUUUAUGAACGGAACUUUUACACAUCCAGAACAUCUUACAGUGAAUAAGUCAUUUUGGGUCAUAGACCCAGUUAAGGAUGUUGAUUCACCUGAUCUGAAUACAGUUUCAAGUUUCUCAGGCAGGGUUGAGUAUUUAGUUGAGGAACAGAAAAACUUCACCCUCAAACUGAGUAACGUAAUGAAGGAGGAUGAACAUAAGUACUGCUUCAGAGUCACAACAACUCUAGAAACAGAUAAAUGGAUAGGAACACCUGGAAUAAAACUCAGAGUUACAGAGCUCCAUGUAGAAUCUCCUGGAGAAGUAACAGAAGGAGAAUCAGCAGUUCUGAUGUGUAAAACCACCUGCAGUCUGACUGAUCCAACAUUCAUCUGGUACAAAGAUGGACGUCCUUUAACCACAGAGAUGAUCCAGAAGAAUCAGCAGCUCCACCUGCAGACAGUCAGCAGUGAGGAUGCAGGCAGUUAUAGCUGUGCUGUAAGAGGAUCUGAACAUCUCCCCUCUACUGCUCAAACUCUCAGAGUCAGACAUCCUCCAAAGAGCGUCUCAGUGUCCAUCAGUCCCUCUGGUGGAAUAGUGGAGGGAAGUUCAGUGACUCUGACCUGCAGCAGUGAUGGAGACCCACCUGUGGAGAACUACACCUGGUUUAAAGAUGGUGGAGACUCACCUGUAGGAUCUGGACAGAGUUUCAGCAUCAUCAGCAUCACUGCUGAUCACACUGGACUGUACUACUGUGAAGCUGAUGACCUCCAGUACGCCACCGUUACUCACAGCAGAUCCAGACCUGUAGAGACUGCAGGUGAUGCUUCCUCUGGAGCUCCUGAUCAUGAUGAUGAUGUUCAGUACGCUACAGUCAGGACUGGUAGAAAACCUGAUGUUGUGAUCAGAUCUGACCAGCAGGAGGAGCUUCAGUACGCCAGUGUUACAUUCCACCACCGUCACGCUGAUGCUGCUGCUACUGGAUCAGAGAAGGUGGAUGAAGCUUCAGUCAUCUAUGACAGAAUCAAAUAG